CUCCUGGUGGGAGGAGGAGGAAAGAAGGCCGCCUCCUUCUCCUCCCCCGAGGUCCCACCUCCCACCCGCAGCCUCAGCGUCUGCGCAACCGCAGUCCUUGCAGCUCCAGCUCUGCAGUGCCUGACAGGGUCUGAUUGGGGAGGUCCUUAGGUUUUGAAUCCUGCACCUGGGAACCCCAUAGGAGGCUGGAAGUAAAAGUCUGCCUUGGAAGCCCCAACCCCUACUGACAAGAUGCAGAGCCUCAGGGCCGAGCAGACACAAGGACUACUUCCUCGGGACAGCAGAGCCUGGGAGAAGCCCUGCCACCCCACCUUCCCCAAGGACUGGGAGGCUGUGGAGGUCGGGGCCUCCAGCUGUGACAGUGAUGAGAAAGAUCUGUCUUCUCAAGAGACUGGGCUGUCUCAGGAAUGGAGCUCAGUAGAGGAAGAUGAUGAAUCAGAGGACUCACAGGGUUUUGUGGAGUGGUCCAAAACUCCACAGCAAACAACCAUCGUGUUGGUCGUGUGUGUGCUGUUCUUAUUCUUGGUUUUAACUGGGAUGCCCAUGAUCCUCCACAUUUAACCACUGCCAUAUCUGCUGUACAGAAGCCUAGGUCCUGUGUCACAUUAAGAAACUGUCUUGGCUAGACGCCAGGCAUGAAUACUCAACAUUAUGAAAUACCUUUCAAAUACCCAUUGAGAUGACCUUAUAAUGUUUUAGUUUAUUUACUUUAGAGAUUUAUUUUGAUUAUGUGUGUGCACAUCUGUAUGUACAUGUGCUAUUGUGAGUGCAGUGCCUGCAGAGGCCAGUAGAGGGAGUUUGAGCCCUUGGAGCUGGAGUUGUUGGCAGUUGUGAGCUGCCUGAUAGGGGAGCGGAACUCUGGCCCUCUGCAAGAGCAACAAGUACCCUUAAUUGCUGAGCUGUCUCUCUAGCUUCAUGAGUUUUUUCUUCUUUGUAUUUUCAUAAAACUUCUUAGUAUGAGGUUUCUACAUUACUGAAAUUUAUUUAAAUGAAUACAUCAUUUAUUAUAAAAACAUUAUUUUGUACACUACUGAGAAAUACUUCUCAGUAGUGCUGAGAAAGAAAAAAAGUGUGAAUUACUUGAUAUGAAUGGCAAACUAUCUCUUCAGAGAAGUUGAAAAAUGUACAACUUAAGGUCAAUGUUGAGCCAUCUUCUGUCUUGUAAAAAAUAUUACGUUACAAUUUAACAUUUUGCCUGCAUGUGUUUUUAUGUACCACAUAUGUGCCUGGUGCCUGUGGAGGCCAGAAGAGGGUGUUGGAUUUCUUAAAAGUGGAGUUACAGAUGGUUGUGAGCCAUCAUGAGCGCUGAGAAUUGAACCUGGGUCCUUAACUGCUGAGCCAUCUUUCCAGCCCCAGUGUCAUAGCAUCUUUAGUGUGUACAGUCUCCAUCUAGACUCCUUUUCUGCUAUUUCAUAUAAGGACUCUUGCCUCUAUCUUGAUGUGUUCAGUUGGUGCUAUUUUGUGACAUUUUGGUCUCUUGGCUUAAGUUUUCAUCAUUGAGAGAUCUGAGUAAUUUUUUAUACUUUUUAUGCUUUUGAAUAAUCUCUGUAGCUUGAGAAAUAUCAGAUUUUUGGCAGCUUAAAAGAAUUUACAGUGGUUAGGGAGAUGCUGCAUAGUUUAGAGUGUAUAUCACUCUUGCAGUUUGCUUUCUGGCACACAUAUCAGGCCAUAACUCCAGCUCCAGGAGCUCAGAUGCCCUCUACUGACCUCCAGGGAACACAGCACUCAUGUGCACAUACCCACCCAUACCUCCCUCCAUACAUAUAAUUAAAAAUAAAUCCUUAAGAUUUUUAAAAAAGAAUUCUCCAGUAAUUGGUUCUGAGAUUGGUGAGAGGAAAAUUUCAGGCUAUGUUUGAUUUAAGUUAUCAUAACUCAUCUUAUUAGUAAUUACUAUAAUAAUUCUAUAUUGGUAGCUUAUGAAUACUUUUUUACUUCUUGGAUUCAUUUUGAUGAUUUAUAAUAGUCUUAUCUUUUAGAGAGUUCUUCAUUCUGUAGACUUUUUGUGAUUAUAAGCUUAAUUAUAAACACUAUUUUUAUAAUUAAACAAAAAAAAUUCUCUGCAUCUUUUUUUUUCCUACCACUGUUCUCCUUUCAACUUGUCUUUGUGGCUUACUUGUUAUUUCAUUUUACCAAACACGUAUGUUUUUUGUUAUUGCUUUUCCAAAGAUCAGAUUUUUGACAGCUUAAAAGAAUUUACAGUGGUUGUAGAGAUGGCUCCAUGGUUUAAGGUAUUUAUUUAUUUAUAUUAUUUCUUUUACUUGUUAUUAUUUUUUAAUUAUAAAGUAUUUUUAUUGUGCUUAGUUCUGAGUACUUUUAUUUCUUGGGUUACAUUUUAAGCUGAAUUUAAAUUUGAUUUUAAAAUUAAAAAUUUAAGCUGAAUUUAAGUCUAAAUUUUCUCUAUACUUGCAAUAAUAACAUACUUAAUAAUAGAAAUGUCCUUCUGGAUAUAAACUUGGCUACAAACUUGGCAACAUCUUGACAUUAUAUAAUCUAUAUGGUGGCUUAUCAUGUUCUUUUUUUUUUUUUUUUUUUUUUUGUACUAGUCCUACCAAAUGCUUUGAAGUCCAUUGGUUUAGUUUGUUUUUUGUUCAGAAACACUUCUGCAUGGCUGGGGUUCUGGGGAGAUGGCUCAGCGUGUAGGCACACUUGUUCUGCAGACAUAGUUCUGAGUUUGAAUGCACUGCUGUCUGUGUUAUAAUCUCAGCAUUGGAAGGUGGGGUCUGAUGGAGACAGUGGCCAGAGCUCAUUGGCCGACCAGCCUAGCCAAAAAAGCAAGCUUCUGGUUCAGUGAAAGGCCCUGUCUCAAGACAGUAAGGUAGAAAGCAAUGGAGGAAGUCAUCCCAUGUCUUGCUCUGAUUUCCACAGGCAUAUGCAUGGAUGAGCACCUGCAUACUCACAUCAUGCAGCUGACCCACCCGAACCCAUGCUCCCUCCCCCCCAACAAAAGGAAAAGGAGUCGUCUAAUUUUUCUGUUUUGUGAAUGUAACCUAUAAUAUAUCUGCUUUCAAAACAUUUUGCAGCACUUCAACCAUGGCCAAGAACAUGUCCAGUCUUUGUAACUUUCAUGGAUGUUUAAGGUGAAGAUCUGCUCUUUGCAGACUAGACAACCAUGUCUGUCUGUCUACUCAGCCUCACUAAUGAUGCUGUUCUCAUUCAUCUGCUCCUUGACUUUGGACUGCUGCAUUUGUUAAUUUAACUUACUAGUAUAUUUUUAUAAUAUUUGCUUUAUGUAUACAAUAACUAUAUAAUUCAGUACAAACAGAACCAGAACUAUUAUAAAUUGCUGUUUAAAUUACACGUAAAACAUCAAGCACAUCAGGUAUAUAAUAAAACUCAAUAAAUGCCAGCUAAA